AUGGAGAAAGGUCUUCAGAAGUUCCGGGCGUCUUCCGGACAUGUCGCCUGCUUUGGGCACGUCGUCCAGCUCGUCGGCCGCGGCUUGCUCGAUCAGUUCGACCCAGAGAAGAAGAAGCCAGGUGAGGGUGAGGAUGCUGCCACAGAGGAGGACGAGGACGCGGAGGAUGGGGACGAUGAGGAUGACGAGGAUGAGGAAGAAGACACAGAGGACGGACUUGAGGGGAUCAUGGACGAGGUCGAGUGGGUCGACGACAUGUCCGGAAUGACUCCAGGCGAGCUCCGUGAUUUCCGCUCCAAUCUCCGCCCAGUGCGCUUGAUGCUUACUAAGCUCCGUCGCCUGGCUGCCACCAUCCGCAAGUCGACGACAAUCUUGCUGCCAGCAUGGAAGAAGCAGCUCGAAUUGCUCAAUCAAGACAUUCUCAUGCUGAAGCAAGACGUCAGAACACGGUGGUGUUCAACUCACGACAUGCUCAAGCGGGCUGUCCGCCUGAAGAAGGCUAUCAAGUCCUUCUGCGAGGCCGACAACGACCUACAUCCUCUGGAUCUUGAGAAGUACCAGCUCUCAAAGCGGGAAUGGUCCAUUGCAGAGCAGCUUCUCGAGGUGCUCAAGGUAUGUGUCUCUUGUUCUCACACUUUUCUUCUUCGUUCUGAUCAUCUUUCUGCUUAUUCCCACUGCCAUGUGGUCUCUCUCAUCUUCCCGUUUCGCUGCCUCCCAUAUCCUUGUCUUUUCUGA